AUUCAGACUGAGAAAACUAGUGGAGUGAACAAUGUCGACGGGAUUGACGAUUUUGUGUUUGUUGGUUUUUCAAAGUGUUGGUUGGAUCUCCUCUGCUUUGACUGGCGAGCUUAGAAUUGCUGGUAUUUUCGAAAAUAUCCAACUUCAUCAAAGUGCGUUUACAUACUCCAAUAAUCUGUAUAACUAUGAAAAAGAUCUUAAGGAUGCACCAGUCUCCCAUAUAGUGGAUUCUAGUAUAUUGAAGGAUGAUCCAUUUACAGCGCUUAGGGGAACUUGUUUAUUUUUAAAACAAGGAAUAGUCGGAUUGUUUGGUCCUCAGUCGUCUCUCAACUUUGAUAUAGUCCAAUCGAUAACGGAAAGGAACGACAUACCACACAUUUUAACACGAUGGGUCAAUCCGUCCCAAAUGGGUAGACAAACUAUAAACUUUUAUCCAAGUCCUCCGAUUUUAGCCAAUGGGUUUAUGGAUAUCAUCAGAAAACUUGAAUGGGAAAGCUUUACCCUUCUUCAUACUGAUUCGGAACAUUUGAUGCAAAAUAAAGACUUGAUUGAAAAAGCAAAGGAUGAAGGUAUCAUUGUUUAUAUUGAAAAUGUUGAAAAUAUGGAUCCUAACAAAAAGGGAGAUUACAAAUCAGUUCUUCGAAAUGCCGUACGGUCAGGACAAAAGAAUUUUGUAUUGGACUGCCCAAUUCGAGAUCUAAGAAAUCUCUUAACCCAAAUUCAGCAAGUUGGUUUAUUAAGUUCAGGUUAUCAUUUCUUAAUGACCAAUUUAGAUGCUCACACUGAAGAUUUAACUUCCUUUAUGUACAGUGAUGCUAUUAUUACAGGGGUUCAUCUCACCAAACCAAAUGAUGAAAUGUCUGCAAGAGCUUCAAUGGAAUUGUGUCACCUCUACAACGUUACUUUUAAACUGGAAUGUGGAACUCCGGAAUUAGAUAUAGAAACUGCUUUGAUCCUAGAUUCAGUUAGCGUCUUUUUGAAGACUCUAAAAGCUUUAGAGGUAACACAAGGUCAAUACCUGUCAUGUGAUAACACAGAUGGUUGGAUAUACGGUUUAAAUAUAAUUAACACACUUCAAACGGGAUCCUAUGAAGGAAUUACAGGAAUAAUCGAAUUUGGACCAGACCGUUUUAGAAACGCGUUCCAGUUAACCAUAUACCAAAUUAGGGGAGCAAAGUUAGAAAGAGGAAGUUGGAACACAACUGUUGGUCUAAGUGAAGAUGUCGUAUUAGAAUUUGAAGACGAUAAAGAGGAACCUGAAGGACUAGAGCUUGAGGAUAGAAACGUGAAUGUUUUGAUUACAAUGACUAAACCUUAUGCACAACUGAAAGAAUCUACUCAUCGUUUGUCAGGCAAUGACAGAUACGAAGGAUAUGCAAUAGACCUUAUUGAAGAAAUCGCAAAAAUAUUAGGUUUCGAAUACACGUUCAUGGUUAGAAAUGAUAACCAGCAUGGUCAUUUCGACAGCUUAUCUGGAAAAUGGACAGGAAUGAUUGCAGACGUUAUAGACGGGCGAGCAGAUUUAGCGGUUUCCGAUUUGACGAUUAACAAAGAAAGAGUAGAACCUGUAGAAUUUACUCAACCCUUUAUGUCUGUAGGUAUAAGUAUAUUAUUUCGAGAGGCGAAUGCAGUUCCACCUAGUUUCUUCUACUUUGCUCAACCGUUUGCUAUUAAAUUUUGGCAAAUCUUGGCAAUAUCAUAUAUCAUAAUAGUAUGUUCUCUAUUUUUAAUCGGAAGAUUGUCACCAAAUGAAUGGCAAAGGGCUGAAACCUGCCGGGAAAGUAAAAAAUAUUUAGAGAACGAUCUGACCUUCCUAAACUCUUUGUGGUUUGUGUCUUCGGGUGUAUUUAGACAAGCUACAAAUGUCAAAGUUAAUUCGGUGUCAGCAAGGAUUAUCUCAGCAACUUGGUGGUUGUUUUGCUUCGUUUUAGUAGCUAACUACAUAUCAUUUUCGCUUUCGAGAAACGCAAUUGUCGAACAAGAACAAUUGUUUAGUAAUGUCGAAGAACUUCUGGAAUAUGCCGAAAAAAACGAUAUUAGGUUUGGUGCUUUAAAAGGAGGGACCACAGAAGGAUUUUUUAAAAGUUCUAAAAAUGUCUACUAUCAACAAGUAGGUAAAUAUAUGGACGAUCACCCAGAAGAUAUGGUACCAUCAACUGCAGAUGGAAUAGCUAGAGUACUUGAAGGUGAUUAUGCCUUUUUUAUGGAAUCGGCUACAAUUGAAUAUACUGUAAGGAGACACUGCAAUUUAUCCAAAUAUGGUAGUGAACUAGACCAGAAAGGUUUUGGAAUAGCUGUUAAAAAAGGAUCUCCACUUUUAGCUCCCCUAAAUAAAGCAAUUAUCAAAUUACAAUCAAAUGGAGAAUUGCAACGAAUUAAAAGAAAAUGGUGGGAAGAAAAAUAUGCAGGAGAAGUAUGUGACGUUGAUGGUUCCUCCGAGAUUGCCCCAAAAUCAGUAGCUCAUAUCAAUGGAUUGAUAGCUAUAACAUUUGCGGGAAUUGCGAUAGCUCUAGUCACAUCCCUGUUAGAGUUUGUUGUGCAUGUCUACAAAAUAAGCAAGAAAGUUAAACAACCUUAUAGUAAUGUAUUUAGUGAAGAAAUUAAAAAAUGUUUCGGAAGAAACAGGACAGUACAACAUAUUGAAGAUGUUGCUCUAACAAAAACUGAAAACGGCAGUAGUUCGAAUACAGAGAAGGAAGCACCUUAAACGUUACUUUUGUUGUUAUUAAUUAUAACACCAAGAUAAUAAUUAUAAAUAAUGUUACAUUUAAUAAUAAAAUGGGUUGUUU